CCUCCUUCCCGAAGGGGGAACUAGGGGGAGCCCCUGACCUUUCACUCUUCCAACUCCAGGUGUUCAGGUACGACCCUUGCCUCAACACCUGGCUGCAGCUGGCCAGCAUGCUGGUGCCCAGGACCCGCUUCUACGCAGGGGUGCUGAACGAGCGGCUGGUGGCCGUGGGGGGCGGAGCAGCGCUGGGGAUGCCAAUCGACACGGCCGAGGAGUACCGCCUUGCCAAGAAUGCCUGGUGGCCCCUCCCGCCCUUCCCGGUGCCGGUGGCUGACCAUGCGGGGGCAACGCACGGAGGCAUCUUGUACAUCUCAGGGGGCUUCGCGGAGGGCCAGACUUUGAGCACCAUGUACAGCUACCUCUCCCGCCUGCGCUGCUGGGUCAGGAACCGGCCGAUGGCCUUUGCCCGCUGCGACCACGGCAUGGCGGCGGUGGGAGACCGCAUCUUCUGCCUGGGAGGAAGAGCUCUGGCCCAGGGCCAGGAGUGGGUCCCUGUGAGCGAGGCAGAGUACUAUUGCCCCAACACCGAUCAAUGGGCCCAGCUCCGCCUGCCGGCCGUCGACCUCUGCCACUUCGGCCUCACCACCAGCCAGCUUCAGCUGUACGUCACAGGCGGAGGGUCUCUGCGGCGGAGGAGCAAAGAGGAGGGCGUCUGGGUCUGCCACCCCAGCAGGGGAACCUGGUUAAAGGUGGGCUGCCUGCCCCGGGCUCUGGCCGAUCACGCCUGCUGCUUCGUUCACUUGCCGCCCGGGAUUGCAAGCCCAGGAGAAGCCGAGAGAGGGGGGCCUUUGGACGGCGGGAAAUAGCUGGAUCAAAGCAGGUUGGGUUUCUCCUGGGGUGUCCAGGGAAACGAACUGGCGGCGCAUCUGUCCCAUGGCCCCCCACCCUGGGGAAAUGCAGCCUUCCUUCGCAGAAUGAAAACUGGGCGUAUCUACUCACCUGAAAGAGCUGCCAGUCCUCGGAUGGGGUCCUUACUGGCCAACACCUGUUCACAGCCAACCUGGAAUAACAGACGUGCCCAGGCUCAAUCUCACAACGCCCCCUCCCCAUCGAAAGCAGUUGAGCACAUCUGCAUCACCCCCCCUUCCCAAGCAGAAAUCAAGUGUGGCUACCUGCCGGCUGACCCAAUAUAACCUAUUUCGGUUUCA